GAGUCAGACAUGCAACACAUACAACAAUAAGUCGGAGCGGUGUGAGGAGGAUCCAUGGAGGAUGGAUGUAUCAGUUCUACCUAACAGCAACCACCCAGAGAGGUUUCUACAGCUGGAUGUAAGGAAGCUACCCAUCAGCCAUGGAGUAUUUCAGGUUGGUGCGGCCAUCACCAGUCAGAGACAUUGGCAAAAUAGGUUAUACACUCAGAGGGAGCAAGGAACGGUCAGCGGUCGUCAUGAACGGUCAUCCCCUUCCCCAGAGGGAACCCCUGUCAUGUUCGCUGACAGAUACAUGGAGAAACACAUCACUCCUGUCACCUUUAAUCCCAACGUGAAGAGGAACCCCCUUUACACGGACGCAAGACCUGCAGAAAGAGAGGACCCUGAACCAUUCAAACCCUCGUGGACAAUUAAAGAGUACGACCAGCGUUCUGUCCAUGGCCACCUGGCAGGCUCCAUAAUGGGUGAAGAAAAGACGGCCAAGGAUUUGGAUUACUGGCUUGAGGAUCUCUACACGCCUGGGUUUGAUUCCCUGUUAAAAAAGAAAGAAGCGGAAUAUAGAAGAAGAAAGCUCUGCAAAAUAUUUACCUUUGUAAUUCUAUUGAUAUCUGUAAUCAUUGUUGUCGUAACUGUGCCAAUUGUACUCACAAAGAAAAAUUAGUUUCAAUUUUCUUUUUUGAUGUAUUAUGUUCUUAUUCAUUAAAACCUUUUUAUCAAUUAACAUUACUGCUCACCAGAUAAGAAAAGUUGAUAUGCAAAAAAUGAUCCCGGAUAAUUGAGUUCAUUCAUUUAUCACUAUUUUCCUGUUCAAGCCUCCAAUAAGAAGAUACAUUUGGCUGUAAUAAUGAUGUAUAGUUAGUCACUGUAAUGGAGCAGAUGGCACUCAUUGAAAGAGAUACUGUUACAGGUGCAAAUCAGACAGAACAAAAUCCAUAGUUAGAUAUAGUUCUUGUGUUUUAGAAAACACCUAGUUACCCUGUUAACUAUACUGCUAUAAUUUUGACAUGCUUGACAGAAAUAAUGCACAUUUUGUCUUUUUUUGAAUAACAAUUGUCAGAGCAAAGGUGAGGAUUGUUAAAUACUGAAAAAUGAAGAAUGUCAAGGAUUAAUAAUCCCAGAAUAUAAAAACAUUUUAAGGAUUCAAUGCCAUAAUAAUAAUAAUUUAAAGAAUUGAAUUAUAAGAGUAAUACUCUCAGUGAUUUCCCUGCUUUGGGAUAUUAGAGGGAGCACUGUAUGCAUGGCAAUAUACUAUAAUUUAGCAUACAGGACUUGUAUCUUCUGUAGUUGUGUAAUUUUAUAACAUAUUUGUUAGAGUAAAACCAGUUAAUUCGA